UGGUUUAUGAAACUGGCCAAAAUGGCGACCUUGCGGUUUGCGUUUUGUUUGAAAUGAGUGAAUCUGAACAGUGAUCAGAAAACUGGUGACCGCCAUGUUUGUUGUUCCUGAGCUAGCUUGAAGCUAAGCUACUGUUACCCAUAAACAGUGAAGUCGAGCGCUCUUUCUACUGUGUAUGUAUGAAAGGGGGAGGGAGGUCAUCGUUUCAAAACGAUAACAUUCCUAAAUGCCAUUAUACAUAUAAGCUACUCAUAUGCUGAGUUUUUCUCUUAAAAUAAAUAAGCUAAACGUUUCUAUUCACCUUUUAUUGAUGUCACAGUAAUAUUUUCUGCAUGUGGAUCUACCAGCUGGUGUUCUAAUUGUAACCCCUGUAUUUAUCCUCUGCUGGUAAAUACUGCUGUAGUACUGUGGGACUGCACAUUGUGAAGAAGGCUCGCAGUGGCUGCUAAUAUGGGGAUGGACCUGGCCAGGGAGAGGCAGUUGUAGAGGAAAGUUAAGAGAUCCCCAUGAAUACACUAUGACUACAAUUGUCUAUAGAAAUUAGAUUUUAAACAAAGCUGGUGGAGUUUACGUAACAGAGGGCUGAUUGUCUAUAAACACGAGCAUUAUCUGUUCUGCUUGUGAUGUUCCAGAUGACAGGCCAGGGUGGACUAAGAUGGGGAAAGCCCCAAAACGGGUCGCUGAAUACAGCAGCAUCAGACUAGCAUGGCUACAUUUAAAGGAGCCAGCGACAGAGCAGACUUGGCCCAGGAAAUCUUAGACCAACAAUCAAUCACAAGUGUUUUGUUUUCAGCAGUGAAGCCUACGGUGUCUUCGUCCUCGUGCGGAGACAUACGUACCAGGGGAUGUCAGCCCAGUUUGAUCUUAGGUUUGGGCCCCUGACGUGUCUGAUAGAGGGGCCAGGCUCAGUUUGACACAGGGAACAUGCCACGGAGUCUGACCCCCGACCUCUGACCUCCUCCUACUGCCGCUGGGGUUCCUCUCAGAUCAGCAUACGGGGUAGAGAUCAUCACCGCGCUCGCUAGUCUGCGUGCCGUUCUCUCUACACAUUUUAACACCGACCAAUGAGGUAGCAGAGGGCAGGGCCAUGGAUGACCACAUGACCAGGCUGGCAAUCCACUCCCAGGAGCCGAAGAUCAUACUACACGGAGGAGAUGACAUCAGUCCGGCGGGAGAAUCGGACAGCUUUGUUGUCGAGCUCCAGGUGUCCUCCUCCCGCGCUGGUUCUGUUGUCGACGACAACGAUCUCCAUAACGACAGCGUUGUCGAGGACGAUGACAUUGAUCAGCUGGUGAUCCAGGACUCCACCGAGGACGUGGUCCAGUAUGAUGAUGAAGAUGGCGAAGAUGACGAGGUCGCCUUGGACACUUGCGUAGUGCAGAUGGGGGAGGACGAGGAGGAGGAUGAAGCGGUUGCCGUAGCACGGGUCGUCGGUGGCAACGGGGAGGGAGAGAGGGAGGGGAGAGAGGAAGAGGAGGAGGAGGAGGAGGAGGAUGAGGAGGGCUGUGGAGACUACCUGAUGAUCUCACUGGAUGAGGCAGGUAAGAUGGUGUCCGGGGAGGAGGAGGGGUCAGAGGUCGUGGCCGCCGAUGACAAAGGGGAUGGACAGGAGGUCAUAAAGGUCUACAUCUUCAAGGCGGACGACACUGGAGAGGAGAUGGGUGACACAGAGGUGGUCGGUGAUGGGGAGCCUCCCUCGGGUGACAAGAUGGUCUACAUGUCUGUCAGUGACAGUAACCACGGUGACUCCAAGCUCUCAGAGGAGGUGUACAUGGAGGUCGUGGUAGGAGGGGAGGAGCCUAAUGGCAGCGCUAAUCCUGGUCGUUGCUAUGACAACACUACCCUUAGCAAAGAGUUCACACCAGCGACAUGGGCAUCAGCAUAUGACUCCAUGGCAGAACCCCGUAAUGGUGCUGCCAGCGCCUUCCUGCACAUGGAAGACCCAAUGGGCGGAGCUAAUAAAGGCCGGAGGAGAGCAGAGCCAAGACAGGUGCAGACUGCGAUCAUCAUCGGACCGUAUGGUCAGCCCCUGACUGUCUACCCCUGCUUCCUGUGUGGCAAGAAGUUUAAGUCCCGUGGGUUUCUACGGCGACACCAGCGUACGCAACACCAGGAACUCCUCACGAAGAGCAGGAAGAAGGUCCAGCCCAGUCCCUCCCCCGACUCGUCAUCCGUGGCGCUGGCCUUCAGCUGUGAGACGUGCGGCCAAAGCUUCAGCCAGCAGCACGCCCUCUUCACCCACCGCCUGCAGCACCACCCCCCCGCGGACCCCCCCGCCCCCGCGCCCCGCCUCGCCGACGCCGACGACGACACCCCCCAGAAGCAGCCAGCGGACGCCCCCAAAACACACAAGUGCAAAUACUGCGCGUUCCACGCGUCCGAGCCUGGCCUGCUGCAGAGACACCUCCAGGGGGCGCACAACCGCAACUUCCCGCACACCUGUGCGGAAUGUGGGAAGGGAUUCCGGCACCCGUCGGAAUUACGGAAGCACGCGAGAACACACACCGGGGAACGACCGUUCCGAUGUUCCCAGUGCUCUUACAAGGCCGCCGAUGCCUCCAACCUGAAGACACACAUGAAGAGCAAACACGGACACCAGGAGCUGCCAUUUAGAUGUGAGCAGUGCAGUCAGACGUUUGCCGAGGAGGAGGAGCUGAGUUAUCACGUGUCUCUGUCCCACCCGUCUGAGGAGCCCAGCCACGGCCCGGCGUCGCUAACGGCAACGGUGACCGUACCUCACCAGUGUCCGCACUGCGACCACCGAAGCUCCAACUCCAGCGACCUCAAGCGGCACGUCAUCUCCUGCCACACCAAGGAGUACCCCCACGUCUGCGAGGCGUGCGGCAAGGGCUUCCACCGGCCCUCGGAGCUCAAGAAGCACGAGGCGUCCCAUAAAGCGUCGUCGCCCGGGGCGGCAACAGGCUCCCCUGCGUCUGCGCCUGCGCCACCUAGCACCAAGAAGCUCCACCAGUGCCGCCACUGCAGCUUCAAGAUCGCCGACCCCUUCGUCCUGAGCCGACACAUCCUCUCGGUCCACACCAAGGAGUCCGCAGGAGGAAGCGCCCAGUCCUCCGACGCCGGCCAAUCGUCUCCCACUUCGCCAGCGCAGGCAUCCCAGCAGCCGUCAUCGCCGCCGGCAACAACAGCAUCACCACCACCAAAAGGGAGCAGCCACAAGAAGUCGUCCCCUCCCUCGGUGAAGAAGGCUGGUGGGGGGGGCGUGAGCGCCGGGGGCGGGAGCUCCAAGGCGGCGGCGGCGAGGGUUCUGUCUCACCCGCCCCGCGAACGCCGGGUCUACCAGUGCCAGUACUGCGACUACAGCACCGGGGACGCGUCCGGCUUCAAGAGGCACGUCAUCUCCAUCCACACGAAAGACUACCCGCACCGCUGCGAGUACUGUUCUAAAGGGUUCCGCAGGCCCUCGGAGAAGAACCAGCACAUCGUCCGCCACCACAAGGACGUGGUGCAGCCAAGUAGUUAAAAAAGACAUAAAGGCCCCUAGAACGGCGGCACUUAGAACCGUUUUGUGCUGCAGGCCGGUAGUUAAGGACCUGGGUCGUAGAAAGGCACUAGAACUGUAGAAUGCUCUGGACGGAGACGGAGGAGGAGGAGGAGGCAGAUCAUCUGUCUAUCAUCUGCACCUGCUGUAGGUCAUGAGGUCAUCCUCCGCUGACAUCAUGAGGUCAUUCUCCACAGACAUCAUGAGGUCAUCCUCCGCUGACAUCAUGAGGUCAUCCUCCGCUGACAUCAUGAGGUCAUUCUCCACAGACAUCCUGAGGUCAUCCUCCGCAGACAUCAUGAGGUCAUUCACCUCAGACGAGGGGUUCUGGACAGAUUUCCCUUAAGGGUUGAAAGGAACUCAAAAACCUGUUAAAAUGCUUCAGCGAUUGGACAGAGCAGUGAAAUAAAUACACCAAACACUCACAUCAGAUAGCUGGGUGUAGAUAUGAGGGAGAAUCCCCUAUUUAAGCUCCUAAUGUAAAGGUUUUAUCUUGUUUGAAUGAAUUUCACAUUUCCACCAUCAACUAGGGCUGUGUAUCAACCCCCACAUGUUUUUAUUCCAACGCUGAUAAGGUGACACACACACACACACACACACACACACACACACACACACACACACAGACACAGACACACACACACACACACACACACACACACACACACAGACACACACACACACACACACACACAGAACUUUGGCACUGAUCCCUAUGAGCUAGAUGUCAUCCUUGUGGCCUGUGACCUUUUCCAUCCGUUUUGAUUUAGCUGGUCGGAAUGCUGAUGCAGAUAAACAGGACACUAGAAAAAAGUGAAUCUCCCUCAUUACCUGUUUUUUUUUAUUGAUGCAAAAUAUAUAUUUUUUAUUUUAUUUUAUUUUAGUGUGCAUCAAUAAAUACCGCUUAUGAGGGAGAUAAACUGUAAACAGUAGUUUUUGGAUUCACCCUGUCCUGCACCCGGGAUGUGCACAUGGACUUUAAGACAUUAGCCCUAACCCUGAACAGACAUUAAAUGGACCAAAACACAAAACAACAACAACAACAACAACAACCCCAACUCCAACCCUUGGCUAACCCCAACCCCUAAGACUCAAAUACCUUAGUGUUGUUGCUUUUCCUGUAAACUCCCCCGUGUGUCGGCUUGGGUA